CGCCGCCUGGCUGGCCAAGGAGGCCGGGCCCGCCGCAGCUCCGGGCCCUCGCCCCUGGCCCCAUCUUUGGGCCUUCUGCCCACACCUCCCCCCCCACCCCGCACCACCCUUGCAAGACACCUUUCCCCGCCCCCCUCCUCCAGACCCAGGCGGCCCGCUCCCAGCCCCCUUCCCCCUCUGUGUGGUAAGUGCCCCGAGCCCCAUGCCCAACUCUGAGCCAUCUUUCCGCUGCCCGGCCUUUCCUGCCCUCUCCUCCUCCCCCCCUCCACUCCAGAUCUCCCCGAUCUCCCCGUUUGUCCACCCGAGCCGGCCGAGGGAACCCCUCUCCCCCCGUCCCUCAGGGCCCGGGGCCCCAGGGUGCCCGAGGGGCCGUGGGGAGGCCGGCCUUUCCCCAUGGCGCUGACCCCACUGCCGCUGCUGCUGGUGGUGGUCGUGGUGGUCGGGGGAGGGCGGCCCGCUGGGACCCGGAAUCUGACCCUGGCAGUGGUGUUGCCCCAGCACAACCUGAGUUACGCCUGGGCCUGGCCCCGGGUGGGCCCAGCGGUGGCUCUGGCGGUGGAGGCCCUGGGCCGCGCGCUGCCCGUGGACCUGCGCUUUGUCAGCUCCGAACUGGAUGGGGCCUGCUCCGAAUACUUGGCGCCCCUGGGUGCCGUGGACCUGAAGCUGUACCACGACCCCGAUCUGCUGCUGGGCCCCGGCUGCGUUUACCCGGCCGCCUCGGUGGCCCGCUUCGCCUCUCACUGGCGGCUGCCGCUGCUGACCGCAGGAGCCGUGGCCUCGGGCUUCACGGCCAAGAGCGAACACUACCGCACGCUGGUGCGCACCGGCCCCUCGGCCCCCAAACUGGGGGAAUUUGUGGUGAUGCUGCACGGACACUUCAACUGGAGUGCCCGAGCUGCCCUGCUCUACCUGGAUGCCCGCACUGAUGAUCGACCUCACUACUUCACCAUCGAAGGGGUCUUUGAGGCCCUGCAGGGCAGCAACCUCAGCGUGCAGCACCAGGUGUACGCCCGAGAGCCAGGUGGCCCUGAGCAGGCCACCCACUUCAUCCGGGCCAACGGGCGCAUCGUGUACAUCUGCGGGCCCCUGGAGAUGCUGCAUGACAUCCUGCUCCAGGCCCAGAGGGAGAACCUGACCAAUGGAGACUACGUCUUCUUCUACUUGGAUGUUUUCGGGGAGAGCCUGCGGGCCAGUCCCACUCGCCCCCCUGGCCGGCCUUGGCAGGACAAUCGUACCUGGGAGCAGGCCCAGGCCCUCAGAGAAGCCUUCCAGACGGUGUUGGUGAUCACCUACCGAGAACCCCCGAAUCCGGAGUACCAGGAGUUCCAGCGCCGUCUACUGCUACGAGCCCGGACUGACUUUGGUGUGGAGCUCACCCCUUCCCUGAUGAACCUGAUUGCGGGCUGCUUCUACGAUGGGAUCCUGCUCUACGCGGAGGUCCUGAACGAAACGCUGCAGGAAGGUGGCACGCGAGAAGACGGGCUCCGCAUAGUGGAGAAGAUGCAGGGCCGCAGAUAUCAGGGAGUGACGGGAGUGGUUGUCAUGGACAAGAACAAUGAUCGGGAGACAGACUUUGUCUUGUGGGCCAUGGGUAACCUUGAUUCCGGGGAUUUCCAGCCAGCCGCUCACUAUUCCGGGGCUGAGAAGCAGAUCUGGUGGACCGGGCAGCCCAUUCCAUGGGUGAAGGGGGCACCCCCUUCCGACAACCCUCCCUGUGCCUUCGACUUGGACGACCCCUCCUGUGAUAAAACCCCUUUCUCCACUCUGGCCAUCGUGGCUUUGGGCGCUGGACUUACCUUCAUCAUGUUUGGCGUCUCCAGCUUCCUCAUUUUCCGGAAGCUGAUGCUGGAGAAGGAGUUGGCCAGCAUGCUGUGGCGGAUCCGCUGGGAGGAGCUGCAGUUUGGCAAUGCCGAGCGCUACCAUAAGAGUGCCGGGAGCCGGAUCACCCUCUCCCUGCGGGGAUCCAGUUACGGCUCACUUAUGACAGCUCAUGGGAAAUACCAGAUCUUUGCCAACACCGGUCACUUCAAGGGAAAUGUGGUGGCCAUCAAACAUGUAAAUAAGAAGCGGAUUGAGCUGACCAGACAGGUUCUAUUUGAGCUCAAGCAUAUGCGGGAUGUCCAGUUCAACCAUCUGACCCGCUUCAUCGGGGCCUGCAUCGACCCGCCCAACAUCUGCAUCGUUACGGAGUAUUGUCCCCGAGGAAGCCUGCAGGACAUCCUGGAGAAUGACAGCAUCAAUUUGGACUGGAUGUUCCGCUACUCCCUCAUCAAUGACCUCGUCAAGGGCAUGGCUUUUCUCCACAACAGCAUCAUUGGCCACCACGGCAGCCUUAAGUCCUCCAACUGUGUGGUGGACAGCCGCUUCGUGCUAAAGAUCACCGACUACGGGUUGGCCAGCUUCCGCUCAGCAGGGGAGCCUGAGGACAGCCAUGCUCUCUAUGCCAAAAAGCUGUGGACUGCCCCAGAGCUUCUGUGCCCGGGCCGCUUGCCGACCAUGGGCAUGCAGAAGGGAGACGUGUACAGCUUUGGGAUCAUCCUUCAAGAGAUCGCGCUACGCAAUGGCCCCUUCUACGUGGAAGGCAUGGACCUGAGUCCCAAGGAGAUUGUGCAGAAAGUGCGACACGGCCAGCGUCCGUACUUCCGGCCCAGCAUCGACCGGGGGCAACUGAGCGAGGAGCUGGCUAUGCUGAUGGAGCGCUGCUGGGCCCAGGACCCUGCCGAACGGCCCGACUUUAGCCAGAUCAAGGGCUUCAUCCGCCGCUUCAACAAGGAGGGGGGCACCAGCAUCCUGGACAACCUGCUGUUACGCAUGGAGCAGUACGCCAAUAACCUAGAGAAGUUGGUAGAGGAGAGGACGCAGGCCUACUUGGAGGAGAAACGCAAAGCUGAAGCCCUGCUCUACCAGAUUCUGCCCCACUCCGUGGCUGAGCAGCUGAAGCGGGGGGAGACGGUGCGGGCUGAGGCUUUUGAUAGCGUCACCAUCUACUUCAGUGACAUCGUGGGCUUCACUGCCCUGUCUGCGGAGAGUACCCCCAUGCAGGUGGUGACACUGUUGAAUGACCUGUACACCUGCUUUGAUGCCAUCAUCGACAACUUCGAUGUGUACAAGGUGGGACAAGUCCUGCCUCCUGACGACCCUUCCCUCAAGCCCCUCCCUCAGAGUGCCACCCGGACCCUCCGGACCUCUUCCUGCCCUCCAGACGGUCCCUGUGACACCCACCUCUCCCAUUUCCCCUGUUCCUCUGAGACCAAUUCUCCAAGCCUGUACCCGGCCCCCUCUACCCCACCUCUACCCCCUCUUCAGGUGGAGACAAUCGGCGAUGCCUACAUGGUGGUGUCAGGGUUGCCUGGACGCAAUGGGAAACGGCACGCACCUGAGAUCGCUCGCAUGGCCCUGGCCCUGCUGGAAGCCGUGGCUUCAUUCCGGAUCCGACACCGGCCCAAUGACCAGCUGCGGCUGCGCAUUGGUGUCCACACGGGACCCGUGUGUGCUGGGGUUGUCGGCCUGAAGAUGCCACGGUACUGUCUGUUUGGGGACACAGUGAACACUGCAUCCCGCAUGGAGUCCAACGGGCAGGCCUGCGUUUUUUCUAGGCUGAGGAGCCUGUCUCUUUUAGCCUGUCCUCAACCAGAAGCUGCUCCGUCCCCUGAUCGUCUUGGUUACCCUUCUCUGUCCCUCCGCCAGCUCUCUUGUGUCCUUCCUAAGAUGCGGAGACCAGACUGCACACAGUGUUCCAGCCCUGAAGAUCCAUGUCUCCUCCACCACCAAAGAUGCCUUGGAUGAUUUUGGCUGCUUCCAGUUAGCACUGCGUGGCGAUGUGGAAAUGAAGGGAAAGGGGAAGAUGCGGACGUAUUGGCUCCUUGGAGAGCGGAAAGGUCUCCCUGGCCUUCUGUGAUUCUCCCUCCAGGUUCCCCCCACCCCACCCCCUUCCCGAACCUGCCAGCACCCUGGGCAUAGAGCAGCUACUGCCUCUGCCAUCCAUUCCCCUCUGCGGAACCCGGGGGCGUGGACAGACCAACCUGCCAAUCCAGGGACACAGACCCCUGGCCAAUACCACAGAUAUACAGGGGCAGACCCAACGCUUUCUCUCCUGGGUGGGGACCUACCUCCCUGUUUUGGGCUGUGUCCCCAUUGGGCUGACACUUACCAGCCCGCUCCCUUUGCUCUCCCACCAGCCCCAAUGCUUGAUGGCUGUAAAUAUCUGUAUCUAAACCCAGAAUAUUUUGUUCAAAUAUAAAACGAUAAAAGCAGC